CGUCAGCUCAGUGUUUCGAAAAUGUUCCUCACGAUCGGUCUAGUGGUGAUCGCAACGGUUUUCACCGUUACCGCGCUCAUAUAUAAAUUGAAAUUUAAAUACUUGAUCGAUGUGACGCGCGAUAUACCAUCAGCACCGGCAUUGCCCAUCAUAGGACAUGCACUUUACUUCCUCAAUAAGCCAGCGCAUGAGAAAAUUGAAAAACUACGUGAACUCCUUGAUAUUUAUGGUAGAACAAUGAAAGUUUGGUUGGGACCGGAGCUGAAUAUUGUGAUGGCUGAUGUGAAAGAUGUGGAAUCGGUGUUGGGUUCGAUGGCCUUCAUUGAGAAAGCGGGCGAGUACAAGACUUUGGAGCCUUGGCUGAAGGAAGGACUACUUGUGAGUCGCGGACGCAAGUGGCACAAGCGUCGCAAGGCGAUCACACCCGCUUUUCAUUUCAAAGUUUUAGAUCAAUUUAUUGAGGUGUUUGAGCGUGAGUCGCGCACUUUGAUUGCCAAUUUGGCGCGGGAACGUCGGCAGCAGGGAAGUGCUGGUUUUUGUCUGUACGAUUGGAUUAAUUUAUGCACGUUGGAUACGAUUUGUGAAACUGCCAUGGGCGUGUCGGUGCAUGCACAAACUAAUGCAAAUUCGGAGUAUGUGCAGGCGGUGAAGACCAUCUCCACCGUAACGCACAAACGCAUGUUCGAUAUUAUCUACCGCUUCAAUCUCACUUAUCAGUUCACCAGUCUGGCACGCGAUGAAAAACGCGCUUUGGCUGUGCUGCAUGGCUUCACCGAACGUAUCAUUUUGCAGCGACGCGAAGAACUGCUGCGCGCGCAGGCAAACACACUCACUGCCGCCGCCAAGGAUCGAAAGCAAACAAAUGGCCAAGUCAUUGUAACGGACAAAGACGCCGAUGUGGGCUUGAAGCGCAAACAAGCAUUUCUCGAUAUUUUACUACAAUCGGAAAUCGAUGGCAAGCCACUAAGCAAUUUAGACAUACGCGAAGAGGUGGACACAUUUAUGUUCGAGGGGCACGACACGACCUCCUCAGCGAUUACAUUCUUCUUCUACAAUAUCGCCACGUAUCCGGAAUGUCAGCGAAAAUGUUAUGCAGAGAUUUUAGAAGUAUUUGGCAAGGACACCAGCAAACCGGUGACUUAUGAGGCGCUGAAUAGAUUGAAUUAUGUAGAGUUGUGCAUUAAAGAGACGCUGCGCCUGUAUCCCUCAGUGCCGUUGUUGGGUCGCAAAGUGACGCAGGAAUGUGAAAUAAAUGGCAAAGUACUACCCGCCGGCACAAAUAUUGGCAUUGCGCCACUGUAUUUGGGUCGUCAGGCGGAUCUUUUUCCCGAGCCGAACAGCUUUAAGCCCGAACGUUUUGAUUUCGCCCACGAGACGAAGAAAAUAAAUCCAUACGCAUAUAUACCCUUCUCGGCUGGUCCGCGCAAUUGCAUUGGUCAACGCUUUGCCAUGUUGGAGGUGAAGAGUGUCGUUACGAAUGUGUUGCGUCACUAUGCAAUCGACUUUGUGGGCAAUAGCACGACGGAACCGAUACUCAUAGCAGAGUUGAUAUUGCGUACCAAAGAUCCGUUGAUGUUCCGCCUGACGCCGAGAGUGGAUUGAGGAGGAAAAAAUAAGCGAAUUGUCGUUCAUGGCAUUUGCUUGCCAUCUGAGAGAAAGUAUUAAUUCCAAUUUCUCUUUUUAAUUUGUAUUUUAAUAUUAUAUAUAAAUAUAUAUGUAUCAGCAUUUUUUUU